AUGAAGUUUCUGGUAUCACUACUUCUUUUAGUUGCUGGUACUUUUGCCAAAGAUGCUAUUAUUUGGUCUAGAAAUAAAGUUUCGCAAACAUCACUCUUAUCAACUACAAAACCUGGUGACAUAAAAUAUUUUGUUUUAGAUGGUUUUACUCUAGGUGAAUUUAGUAGACAGGCAAAUGUAUACUCAAAUAAUCCAGAAAUUUCUGGAAUAAUUGAAGAUAUAAAAAAUCUUAAUUAUAAGGUAGAAAAUAUAAAAUCAACAAUUGAUAUAGAUGAUAGUGAUUUUAUUGAUGCAUCAUCAUGGGAUGAACUUGAAGAAAAGUUUGCCAAAUUUGCUAAAUCAAUGGAAGGAAAAAGUUAUACUGCUGCUCUUGUUGGUCCAGAAUCUGUUGAAAAGAAUUCUGUUAGAGUAAAACGUGCUGCCGAUACUACUCCUGCACCAAUCACAGGAGAAAGUAGUGGUAAAGGUCCAGUAAUUGCACCAACUGAUACUACAAAAAAUGCUUCAUGUCUUUUUUAUCUUGAGGGAUUAUCAUUGAUAUAUUAUGAACAUUCUGGUAAAUCUCCAUAUAAAGCAGCUUUUCUUGAUUUAACAAAUUCAAGUGAUACAUAUGCAGUUAAAUUUGCUUGUAAUGGAAAUAAAGGAGAUUCAACUUUUGAUGUAACAAUUUCUACAAAAGGAGUUGUAGGUGACAAAGAUGGAGUUUCUAUUGAUAAUCAAGAUAUUAAAUUUACAAUAAAAGUAUCAAAUGUUGGUUAUUACACUUGGGCUAUUACUGAAUUUACAAUUAAAAAUGCUGAAGUUACAGUUGGAGGAAGUAAACAUAAAGUAACAAAUAGUACUAAUGCCAGUCAAGCUGGAGUACAAUUUUUAGAUGCUUAUAUGUAUAGUGAUUAUGGAUAUGCUUGUAGUCAAACAUCAGCUGUAUUUGCACCAUCAGACGGUGAAAAUAAAAUUGGUAUGACAUUAAAUGGUUUCCAAAUUCAAAUGAUUGGUGCUAAGAAUGUUGAUAAUAAAUUUUACGGUUUUGUACAUAAUAUGAAUGAUUGUGUACCAACAUUUAGUGUUGGAUCAUGGAUGAGUAUUAUUUCAGCUAUUAUUUUGGCUUCAGUACUCUUAUUUGGAUUCCUUAUGCUUAAUUCAGUACAAACAAUGGAUCGUUUUGAUGAUCCAAAAGCUAAGCAAAUUGUUAUUAACUUCAAAGAGUAA